AUGGCCAUGGCCGUUGUAUUUUUUGGAGCUCAUCGGUUCGGAAAGUAUCUGCCUCAAAAUCAAAAUUCGGACGUUAUCGAAUCUUCAGACGCUAUUUCUCUACCCCUCAAAGGAUCGGUCACCCUGCUAACUUUGUAUGUUCUUAUUCGGCUAAUCCCAAAAGAAUACUUUCUCAUGUUAAUUUCUUUCUGUAUUCACACACUAGGCGUUUUCACAUUAAUUACAUUUAUGAGUUCGUACUUAAAGCCAAGGAUUCUUGUAGGCAUAUUUUCUCUUACGAUUGGAAUACUCAGCUUUUGGUGGGGAAACUGGAUUGCGAAUAAUAUUUUGGCAUCUAUAUUAGGUAUUGUUUCUAUCGAAUCGUUAGUAUGUGAUAAUUUUUUUACCUCUUUCAUUUUACUGAUUGGCCUUUUUUUCUAUGAUAUCUUUUGGGUCUUUGGGACUGAUGCUAUGAUCACCGUUGCAACUGGAAUAGAUGGGCCUAUUAAACUAGUCUUCCCAGCCACCAUUUUCGGUGAUCACACUAAGAAGAGUUUGCUGGGGCUUGGGGAUCUGGUUAUCCCUGGUCUUUUUAUUGCCCAGCUAUUAGUUUUUUCCCGUGAUUUUGUUAAGAGAGGGAAUUUGUAUUUCAAUAUUGGAAUGAUUGCUUAUUUUAUAUCUCUCUUGAAUACAAUGAUCGUUAUGGUGUAUUUCCAACACGGACAACCAGCCCUUUUAUUUAUUGUGCCAUGGCUUCUGGUCACAUUUUGUCUGUCUGUCUGGUACAAUGGAGACACAGAUGCAGCACUAAGAUUUACUGUAACUAAACUUUAUCUGGAGGGGAAAGAUGAAAGUAAAACUAAUGGUUUAAUCUCUGAGGAAGAUUCUAUAGAUAACCCACACGCAAAAUGUAAGAAUUUUUCCAUGGAGAACCUAGAGAAAAAAUCUGAUCUAAUGAUGAAUGGUGAAAAAUUGAAGAAGAACAAUUGA